UAGUAGUUGCAAUAUAGUUUCAGUGGGAAGAAAGCCGCCCGUUUUCCAAAUUGGUCGGUUGGCAUCGUUUAUUAUAAUCAAUUGAAUCAAUUUAUAUCAAUAUCAUGUCAAUUCCAAUCAUGACAUCAAAGCUGAUGACUACACUCCGCACGAAUUAUGCACCAGAUGCCUUCAGACUUCUUAAUGGAGUUUUUUGUAUAUACAAACCGGCUGGUAUAAAGUUGUCUCGCGUGAGAGAAAUGGUCGUUGGGAAUCUAGUAAGAGAUCUGAACUUGAUGGAACCCCGACCUGCCCGUGAUCUUGUAAAGAUUAUACCUGAUCCAGCAGACAGCAAUGAGCUGAUCGUAACCACGGUACCAGAUCUGGCAGAUAAUCCUCAAGUUGUUGGGCCACGUUACCAGGCAGAGGAUUUCAGAAUCAGAUUUGUGGAUGGCAUGCACAAGCAGGCAUGUGGAGUAUGCGUUUUAGGUAUUGGGAACGGAUGCAGGCUGACUGACGCAAUUUAUCAAGCCAGACAUGUGAAGGUUUACGAAUUAGCAGCGCAGUUUGGGUCAGCAACAGAUGACUUCACAAAUCUCGGCCGAGUUGUCGAAAAGACUACUUAUCGCCAUAUCACAGAUUCAAAGUUGGACCGGGUUUUGGGAGCUAUAAUGUCAUCUCAUGUGAAGGCGUCAUUCGACUAUGCAGGCGUUAACAUUCAAAGUCAGGAGGCUUACGAACUGGCGACUCGGGGACUGAUUCGUCCCAUGGACCGAAGCAGCACCCUCAUUUACGGCAUGAAAUGCACCAAGUUUGCGCCGCCAUAUUUCAACAUAGAGGUGCAGUGCAUCAACGAGAACUUUUCCUACCUGGCAAAGCUUGUACACGAGAUCGGACUAGAGCUGAAGUCGUCAGCAAUGACCCUCCAGGCACGGAGGACGCGGCUUGGACAUUUUCACUUGGAGCACGCACUGCUACGGAAGCAUUGGAACGUGCAGGACAUUGUACAGAACAUUUACUCCGUGCUCCCUCUGGUGAAGAAUGAUAAAAACGUAAAGUCUGCAGAUAGAGCACAGAGGACGUUGAAGGUGAACCAUACAAGCGAUGCAGCCACCAGCUGAACAUGGCUAUUGCUGCAGCUCAUGACAUGUAAAAGACUGUAGUACA